GACUGCGGAUAACGACCCCCGUCGAGGUUUUCGCUCCCACUUUUCAGAUUUCUGUAUCAAUACGGCGAACCGCUAUGUCAUCCAAGUGCAUAAGUUGUAGCAAACGCGUCACUUCCCGCUCCAAAGCUGUUCAGUGCGCUCUGUGUGAAGGGUGGCUGCACACUUCGUGCUGUAACAUCGAUGACGCUUUAUAUGAAUGUCUCCAACGCACUGCCUCUGAGGUCAUGAGCUCACAUUGUGACUCAUGUCGAGUAAUAGUGAAUGACAAACGUCUCCUGGCCAACCAUCGUCCUUUGAGUAUAUGCAGCCCUGUCACCUUGGCCGUGGACAAUACGGAAGAUGAGUUACCCCCAUCAUCCAUUUCCCUACCUGCAUCUGGAUCUUCUACACCCAAACCAAAUCGAACCCGCACCCUCUCUGCUACGUCGGCCGAGUCAUUACCGUCCAGUAAGAUGAUUUGUCGACCGAGGAAUAAGCCCGCAACGUAUGCUGCCGUGGCGAGCGCCACCGCUCCAACAACAACCAGUCUAUGCCCAGCUGAAAGCACGCCCCCACGAAAGCUGGUACCUAAGCCCAAGGUGAAAUCCAACACCGGGGAUAACCCUUCCAUAGUGAAGGGAAAUGUGCCCCCGACCUUUGUCAGCCAAAGCCCAGCCACCAAUGCUGUUAAGUUUAAUCCCAAAUCCGGGGAUAAACCAAAUUCUAAGCUCUCAGCUUCUCAGUCGCGAAUGAAGCUAGUUCUCAAUAGACUUUCUGAGCUAGAGAAAGUGAUCAAAGAAAAUCCGUCCUCUCGCAGACCGCAGAUGCCCGAGCGCACUCCACCUUCUCGGGACCGUUGCCUCAUCAUUAUGAACGCAGCCGAAUCGAACAAAGCCACCCCAGCAGAAAGAAUUCUGGAUGACCAAAUUCUUCUCGAGCGCUUGAUCUCUUUGUUAUUUGAUGAAGGGGAACAGGGGAUUAACAUCGUUUCUGCAUUCCGGCUCGGCAGGAAGCAAGAGGACCCAACCAAAUUUCGUCCCCUCAAAGUCGUGUGUCAGACGGAAGAGGAAUGCCGACGUAUUCUGCGACGGACCUCGCGUCUCAAAGGUGAGCCAUAUUACGUACUACGUGAUCUUUCUCCAGAGGAUCGGAUAAAAAUGAAAAAGGCUGUUGAGGAGCUACGAACACGCCGAGGAAAUGGUGAAACUGACCUUCAUAUUGUGGAUUUUUGCGUGGUUCGGAAGACCCUGAGAGCCCGUUGGAGACCCAUUCUUCUCAUCCCGGGACAAUAAAACACACAAGUGGACUAUUUGUGUUAACCGCCAAUGUGCGCAGUCUGAGGAAUAAAUUGGAUGAGAUUCAGUUGAUUGCCUCAGAGACCUGCCCGGACUUAAUGGCCUUCACUGAAACUUGGCUACUCACCGACAUCACGGAUUCAGAGGUGUCUAUCCCUGGUUAUCACCUCUCCCGAUCCGAUCGACAAGGAGGGAGGCCCGGCGGUGGUGUAAUAGUCUAUUGGAAGACUGAUAUUAAAGUGCACGUAGUUGAAGCGAUCAGUGACAAAGACGAUGAGUUUGAUGCACUCUGGUGUCGUGUUCAUGAUGGUCGGAGUUCUCUCUCAUUUGGUGUUGUCUACAGAGCGCCUUCAGGAUCCGGAGCCCGGUUGAUGGACUCGAUCAGGAAGCAUGGUGCACGAAAGGAUUGUCUUAUCGUUGGGGAUUUCAACGCUCCUUCUGUUGACUGGAACCUGUUUCUUUGUGACCGACCUACAGAAUCCUUCGAGGCUAACUUACUGGAGACCAUUCUUCAUUGUAAUUUGCUCCAACACGUCACUACACCAACUCGUAUUCCUCCAGAUCAGACGCCGCAUAUCUUGGAUCUCGUGCUCUCCCCAACACAAUCAGACAUCACGAACCUUUCAGUUCUACAGCCCAUUGGCAGCAGUGAUCACUGUACUGUCUCAUUCCAGUGGUCACGUCGCCUCGCUGUUCACAGUCAACGUGCCGACCGUCGGAAUUUCUGGCGUGCCGACACAACUCGUUUGAAAACGGCGGCAAGCAUUGUCGAUUGGAGUAUCCCUGAACACCUCAAUGUUGACGAAGCGUGGCAUCACUUGUACUCCAAGCUGACGUUACUCAUUGAACAGGUCAUCCCCUUCUCCAAAAGAAGACCCUUCUCCAAAGGCCCUCCAUGGAUCGACCGCGAAUUGAGAUCAAUGAUGAAAAGAAGGCGAAAACUGUGGGAUCGUUUCAGAAUUACGCGAGUUGAGCUUGACUACCGUCACUACAAAACGGUCAGGAAUGCUUGUAACAUAAAAAAACGCGAGAAACGCCAAAAGUACGAACUGUCAUUAGCUGCACUUUCUAGUACAAACUCCAAGGCGCUCUUCUCAUACCUCAAACGAAGCACUAAAGCUGGAAGUGGUGUCCCUGCCUUGUCUCCCUGUGAGCAUUUGGACCUAGUCUACGAAGACGCUGAGAAAGCUAGCCUUUUGGCCCAGCAAUAUUCCUCAGUCUACUCUACCGCAACGCCACUCCCAGAUAGCGUUGCACCCACUCCUCCUUUCCUGCUGGAGCACGUGAAUGUUUCCACUGACGAUGUACUGAAACUUCUACUUGACCUAGACCCGUAUUCCUCGCCGGGUCCUGAUGGUUUACACCCAUUGUUCCUUAAGGCCGUGGCCGGACACAUUGCCGCUCCUGUAUGUCAAAUUUUCCGUCGUUCCCUUGAGGUCGGGCGGCUUCCUACUGCUUGGAAGAUGGGAACGGUUAAACCCAUUUACAAAGGAGGGAACCGACAGAAUCCAGCCAGCUAUCGUCCCAUAUGUUUGACUUCGAUUUUGUGCAAAGUCAUGGAACGGAUUCUGAAACGGGCCCUUCGCCUACAUCUCGAUGAUUUGGAGUUCCUAUCUCCUGCCCAACAUGGCUUCCGAAGGGCGCGUUCAUGUGCUACAAAUUUGCUGGUAGCUAGGGAAAAAUGGGCAAGAUCCUUAGAUGCCGGUAAGCGUCUGGAUGCUGUGUUUGUCGAUUUCAGUAAGGCUUUCGACAAGGUCCCACAUGAGCGGCUCCUCUUCAAACUCCGGGGAAUCGGCGUCACCGGCAAUUUUCUUUCAUGGGUCUCCGAUUUCCUGCAAGGUCGCUUCAUGCAGGUCAAAGUCAACGAAGCGCUUUCUGAUCAAAUUCUCAUGACCAGUGGGGUCCCCCAGGGUUCUGUACUCGGCCCCGAACUCUUCAAUAUCUUCAUCAACGACCUGCCAUCCGAACUGCAGACCGACUGCUUAAUCUACGCUGAUGAUCUGAAGCUGUGGAUUGAGGUUUCCAGUCUGGAAGACGCAGACAUACUUCAAGCGACACUCGAUCAGCUCCACGAUUGGUCACUAAAGUGGCAGUUGCCCAUUAACCAUGACAAAUGCGCUAUCCUUCCAAUCGGUGCUCCUGAGCCUUUUGGGGCUUACCAUAUCGGGGGUUUCCUGCUCAGAAAUGUCAACCAAGAGAGGGACCUUGGGGUGAUUGUGUCUCCUGAUCUCAAAUCAAUGGAGGACACCCGGAAGAGGGUCGCAUCCGCAUACAGGAUACUUCACGCUAUACGGAGAGCCUUUUCACGCCUGACCCCAGCACUCUUCAGAUUACUGUUUGCUUCUCAUGUACGCCCAGUUCUCGAGUACGGAUUGCCUGCUGCGUACCCGCUCACUAAGUCAGAACGUGACAUGAUUGAGAAGGUUCAACGGCGUGGAUCCAAAUCCGUUCCAGAGCUUCGGGACUUAUCCUACCUCCUCCGGCUACAACGGUUGAACCUGUUCUCUUUGGAUUAUCGUCGUCGCCGGGGAGAUAUGAUAUUCACCCGGCGUAUUCUACGAGGUGAGCUGGGGAGUGAGCUGCAAUCGUUCUUUUGUCUAAACACAAGUUGUGCAACUCGAGGCCACCGGUGGAAACUUUUCAAACCGCGGCGACUCCGUGUACGGUCCGAUCUGGCCCUAUCCACCCGGGUAGUGAAUGACUGGAACAGCUUGCCAGAAGCUGUCGUCGAUGCGGAGACGGAGGAAUGUUUCAAACGACGGUUGGAUACCCACUCUUUGAGUGCGCAGGGAUUCUGCUGCCCACAAUACAACCAUAGCGAUCUUCUGCUGAACCUUGUUCCGCAAUGAUCCCAGCAACCCUCGCAAUGUCCGGGAAGUGACGGAGCUGACAUAGGAA